AUGCCUCGAGAUCCCCUCAUUGGCCUUGUCGGAAAGCCCUCGGCUGGUAAGAGCUCGACGCUCAACAGCUUGACGGACGCCACAUCCAAAGUUGGCAACUUCCCAUUCACCACAAUUGAUCCUCAGCGAGCUAUUGGCUACCUUCAGAUCGAGUGUGCUUGUACCCGUUUCAACGUAUCAGACAGAUGCAAACCUAACUACGGUGCCUGCGUGGAGGGUCGCCGUUCUGUGCCCAUCGAACUUCUUGACGUUGCUGGCCUGGUUCCUGGUGCUCACGAGGGUCGUGGCUUGGGUAACAAGUUCCUUGAUGACUUGCGUCACGCAGAUGCCCUUAUCCACGUUGUUGAUGUUUCCGGUACUGUUGAUGCGGAAGGCAAGGAGACAAGAGGCUAUGACCCCUCAGUGGAUAUUGCAUGGCUGCGCAGCGAGAUUGUAGCUUGGGUUCUCGGUAAUCUUAUGCAAAAAUGGGGAUCUAUCCGACGAAGACACCAAGCCAUCAAAGCAACAGCCACGGAAACUUUGCAAGGUCAGUUCUCCGGUUACGGAUCAACAUCGACGACUGUGAACCGUGCUUUGGAUCGUUGCGGUGUCAAGGAGCCUUUGGAGGAUUGGUCGAACGAAACUGUCGAAAUGGUUGUCAAUGCCUUCAUCGACGAAAAGUUCCCUACAGUCAUUGCGCUCAACAAGAUUGACCAUCCGGAUGCCGACAAGAACAUCGCCAAGAUCGCCAAGCAGCAGGACCCAAACACCAUUGUACUGUGCUCGGCUAUCUCGGAAAUCUUCUUGCGAAAGAUGGCCAAGCAGGGCUAUAUCAAGUAUGUCGAAGGUAGCGAAUUCGUUGAUACCAAAGAGGAUCUGAUAGAGCAAGGCGAUCCUACUGGCGGCGGUCUCAAAGACCUUGAUGAGAAGAACCGCACCCGAAUUGAGAACCUCAAGGAUAUGGUACUCUACCGCUUUGGAUCUACAGGCGUUGUACAGGUGCUUUCGAAAGCCGCCGAGCUGCUUGGUCUCGUCCCUAUCUUCCCUGUCCGGAACACGUCCACCUUCAGCUCUGGCGCCUCAGAGUCCAAGUUUGUCUUCCGAGACUGCGUUCUUGUUAAGAAAGGGAGCACUGUUGGAGAUGUGGCCCGCAAGGUUAUGGGUGAUGCACCUAUUGCCUUUGUUGAAGGUGCUGGAAAUAUCCGAGUAUCUGAAGACGAUACCGUUGCUGUGGGCAAGAAUGAUGUCUUGUCUUUUAAGGUCGGAAGAGCCUAG